AUCAAGUCGAUAACGCCACAGCUUGCAUCGGUAGUAAGGCAACACUAUUUUUUUAUAAAGUGUGCUUCCGGUCUUGUAGUAGUAGUAUUACUGAGGUAGUAGUAUUAAAAGCGACGCCGGAAGUAACCUGUCGCCUGGAUCACCUGCAGGUUGCUUCCCGUCUCUGAGCCACCAUGAUUCCGGCCGCCCUGCGGCGUUUUUGCAGGCUGCUGGUCCGCGUCAAGGGGAUGAAUGACUCCACGGAAGGCACGCGCCUGUCCCGGUGCCUCGACACCUACGACCUGGUGGCGCUGGGCGUGGGUAGCACGUUGGGCGCCGGCGUCUACGUGGUGGCCGGCGACGUGGCCAAAGACAUCUCCGGACCCGCCGUGGUGCUCUCCUUCCUGAUAGCGGCGUUGGCGGCUAUCAUGGCCGGGCUGUGCUACGCCGAGUUCGGUGCCCGUGUCCCCAAGACGGGCACGGCAUACCUCUACAGUUACGUAACGGUCGGGGAGGUGCUGGCCUUCAUCACCGGGUGGAACCUCCUCACCUCAUAUGUCAUCGGAACCGCCAGUGUGGCCAAGACGUGGAGCAGGACCUUUGACACGAUCCUGGGGAACAUCAUUGAGACUUGGAGCAAAAAACUUAUUCCCAUGAACUCGCCCAACAUCCUGGCUGAGUACCCGGACAUAUUUGCAGUCUUCAUCAUCAUGGUUAUGACAGGAGUGCUGAGCUUUGGCGUGAAGGAGUCGGCCAUGUUGUCCAAGGUGUUCACCAGCAUCAACAUCCUGGUGUUGGUGUCAGUCAUGAUCUCAGGCUGCAUCAAAGGAGACGUGAAGAACUGGAACCUGAACGCCGACGCCAUCAUCAGCGCCGCCAUCCACAACUCACCCAAUGGAACGGAUCACUCAGAACUAAAGAAGAGUUUGGGCGCAGGAGGAUUCUUGCCUUUUGGCUGGCAGGGAGUCUUCUCUGGCGCCGCCAAGUGUUUCUACGCCUUCAUAGGCUUUGAAUGCAUCACCACAGCAGGUGAGGAGGCCAAGAACCCUCAGAAGACCAUCCCCAUCAGCAUUGUGACCUCGCAGCUGGUCUGCUUCCUGGCCUACUUUGGCGUGUCGGCCGCCCUCACCUUCAUGGUCCCGUUCUACCUGCUGGACAAGCACAGCCCGCUGCCCGUGGCCUUCACACACCUGGGCUGGGUGGGCGUCACCUACGCCGUGGCCGUCGGCUCGCUCUGCGCCUUGUCCACCAGUCUUCUAGGAGCCAUGUUCCCCAUGGCCAGGGUGAUGUGGGCCAUGGCACAAGAUGGCCUCCUCUUCAAGUGUUUCUCCACCAUCAACGAGCGCACCAAGACGCCUUUUGUGGCCACCGUGACGGCCGGGGUCUUAGCAGCGGUGAUGGCGCUGAUUUUCAACCUGAAGGACCUGGUAGACAUGAUGGCCAUCGGCGCCCUGCUGGCGUACACGUUGGUAGCGGCGUGCGUGCUGGUGCUCAGGUACCAGCCCGAGGGCGGCGGAGCCCGCGAGGAGGGAAGUGAAAACGGGGCCGAGUCCGACGUUCCGACGCAUCAACGCAUCCGAAUCGCCAUCUUCUGCUCCGGCACAGAGCCGACCCGCGCGUCGGGGUCCGUGGUCAUCGUGUGCGUCAGCGUGCUCGUUUUUUUGGUGUUUGCCUUCAACGUGACCGCCGUGGCCUUCCAGCUCACGCUGUGGUCGCUGUGCCUGCUCGUCGUCAUCAUGUCGGCGUGCUUGGUGGUCGUCUUCGUCAUUUGCACGCAGCCGCAGAACAAAACCCAGCUCUUCUUCAAGGUGCCGAUGGUGCCCUUCCUGCCGGUGCUCAGCAUGCUGGUCAACACCUUCCUGGUUAUGCAGCUGAUGAAAGGCCUGUGGAUGCACUACUGUUGUUGUCUGACUUUAGGUUUGAUUAUCUACUUUAGUUACGGCAUCCAUCACAGCACACAGGCCGAGACACAGCACCACUCCUGAACGCAUCCUCUCUCUCUCUGUGUGUGUGUGUGUGUGUGUGUGUGUGUGUGUGUGUGUGUGUGUGUGUGUGUGUGUGUGUGUGUGUGUGUGUGUGUGUGUGUGUGUGUGUGUGUGUGUGUGUGUGUGUGUGUGUGUGUGCGUGUGCGUGCGUGUGUGUGUGUGUGCACGAGCAAAACAUAAGUCUGAUUGGUUGUCUUGCACAACAUAAUUUACUGUUAAUACGACCUAAGAAGACACACAGCACACCUGCUAAUGUCUUCUCUCAUUUGCACUCCUUGUCUCUUUAAUGCAACAACACUCCCCAUUCUAAUUACCAUCUUUCAGCCACAACAACACUCCCCACUUUGAUUACCAUCUUUCAGCUGCAACAACACUCCCCUUUUUAAUGACCAUCUUUCAGCUGCAACAAUACUCUCCUCUUUAAUUACCAUCUUUCAGCUGCAACAGCACUCUCCUAUUUGCCAUCAUUAAGCUGCAAUUACACUCCUCUCUUUAAUUGCCAU